CUCCUCCUCCUCCUCUUCUUCUUCAUCUCUCUUUCCCCCUCUCUUCCUUUCCCCCUCUCUCUCGCCAAUCCCUUCGUGCACUCGGGUCCGUCCCCCAGGAAAGUAGGCAACCCCUCUUCCCCCUUCAAGUCAUGUCCUACUCCUCGGACGUCCAGAUGGUGCCCUCCGGGCAGAGCGCCGACGCUGACCGGCCCUAUUUCGAGAUCCGCAAGUGGAACGCUGUUGCUCUCUGGUCCUGGGAUCUCGCGAUCGAGAACUGCGCCAUCUGUCGAAACCACAUCAUGGAUCGCUGCAUUAACUGCCAGGCCCGGCAAUCGUCCGCCUCUGGUCCAGGCGACACCCCCGGAUCCGGGUCAUCCUCCACGGGCGAGACGGAGUGCAGUGUCUCCUGGGGGCAGUGCGGGCACGCCUUCCACUAUCACUGCAUCAAUAAGUGGCUGCGCGCGCGCAAUGUCUGCCCGCUUGACAACCGGGAGUGGAGCUACACCAAGCAUUCCCGUUAAAAUGGCGUGCACCGACCAGCGCCCAGGAGCACGGGAGUCGCCCAUGAAUGCGCAAUGCCACCUUUCUCCAUCGCCCUCCUCCCUCCUGGAGCGGUGUGCGGAGACACCAAUAUAUACAUAUAUAUAUAUACACAUGUGUGCUCGAGAAACACAUCCCCCUCCUCCCUCUCUCUAUCUUCACCCGAUGCAGGCGCUGGCGUCCAUGUUGCCAGUGGCUUGUGAAACUAUACAACAAC